AGGAAGUUGAUUGAGAAAGUUUGAGCAAUGACAUCCAAUUGCAUAAUAUUGAUGAAAUUAUGAAAUAAUGGAUGAUUGAAAUGCGAUAGACGUCAUAUUCAGCUGAAAGUGAGAUUCAGUUGCACAUAAAGAACAAAAUAAUGAACCAUUAAGAAUAAUAGAUGUGUACGAGGUUUUAAAAGUGAUUUACUGAGGAAAGGACCUUAAAUCUGUUGUAUGUUUCAAUAUAAAACCAUUUAAAUUCAAUUCACGCUAGGACUGCUCAAUUUUUAACAACAACUUUACAAUGGAAACGAUUGAACUUCAAUUGUUCAUAGUUUGUACAAUUACUUGCCUUUCUGGAGUAGAUACACAGAGAAGUAACAAACGUACAGAUGAGUUAUUUAAACGAAUUGAGGAAUUAGAAAAUUCAAUGAAAACCUUUGAAAGUAAAUGCAAAGCAUUCAAAUGCAUAGGAGAGAAAGGUGAAACUGGACCACAAGGGCCUAAAGGUGUACAAGGGCCUCAAGGGCCACCUGGAAAGCCUGGCAAACAAGGCACAAGAGGACUGAAAGGACCCAUGGGUCCAAGUGGCCCACGUGGUCCUAAGGGGGAACCUGGAGAUAGGGGGCCUGCUGGUCCAUCAGGUCGAAAUGGUGGACUGCCUAGGAUCCGAGUAAAUGAUGAUGCCAAUGCAGUAGAACGGGAAGAACCAGGUUGCCAGUGGAGUCCAUGGGACCCAUGGGUCUAUAUGCCAUGUUCCAAACCAUGUGGUAAGGGAAUACAGCAAGGCACCAGAACCAGAGUACCCCUCACCCCAGGGACUUGUUCAGGCUUAUUCUUUGAUACUGGAACCAGGGUGUGUAAUUCUAUAUUAUGUUGCAACUGGGCCCCUUGGGGACCAUGGACUCCUUUUUCACCUUGCAAGAUGAACAAAAAUAAAUGUGAUGGUGUUAAGACAAGAACCAGGAGACGACUUCGAAACUAUAGCACUAUAGGAGACACCAAAAUAUGUUCUGGUGAAUCAAGUGGGAGGGAAACAGUGAAGUGUGGGCCCCCUUGUUAGAAGGAGCCAGGUAAAACUGGGUGAUAUGAAUGUGAUAUGAAUGAGUUCUAGUGAUGGAACCAACCAGCACAUUUUGUAGUUUAAUGUACUGACACUCAUGGUUGCAAAUAAAUAUGAUUUAUUGUUACAUCUAAA